CGUAUGUUGUUGUUGAUGAAGCUGAUCGAAUGUUUGAUAUGGGUUUUGAACCACAGAUAAGAAUGAGCAUUAGUCUAUUCCAAGUUUAUCAUAGGAUAGAAAGAUGAUUGUUCUUUUUUGCUUUCGGAAAUUUUCUGUCAUAAGUAAUUCGAUAUGCAUAGGAGAAAGAAAUGUUUUCUUAUUUAAUUAUAGCAAUCCGUAGAUUGAUCGUAUCAGUGAAAUUAUUUGAUACCGUGUGUAUUUUUUACACAACUAACUUGGUUACCGGUAGUGAAGUCGAGAUUUUCGUCUACGGAGAUUGAACGCUGUAGCUCCAUCAUAGUUACUGGUUCAAUAGGCAAAUAAGGAAAAGUUUAUUUCUAAUUUCAAUGAACUACAUUGAUAAUAUCACUCGAUCUGCAAUGUUCUUUAGUACAUUUAAUAAAAGUCAAUAUAUAACAAAUAUUCUUUAUCGUUUUUUUUUUUCUUACUAGGUAACAAAAAUUCUUGAUAGUAUUCGUCCUGAUCGUCAAAUUGUUAUGUUUUCAGCAACAUUUCCUAAAAAACUGGAAGCAUUAGCACGUAAAUAUCUCGAUAAACCUAUCGAAGUCACCGUUGGUGGACGCAGUAUUGUUUGUAAAGAUAUUAUACAAAAUGUCAUAAUUCUUGCUGAUGAUGAAGAAAAAUAUUUAAAAUUACUUGAAUUACUUGGUCUAUAUCAAUCACAAGGAUUAAUUCUUGUUUUUGUUGAUACACAAGAACAUUGUGAUGAAUUAAUGAAAAAAUUAAUGAAUAAUCAUUAUCCAUGUAUGUCAUUACAUGGUGGUAUUGAUCAAUCUGAUCGUCAUUCAAUAAUAACAGAUUUUAAAAAUGGUGAUAUACCAUUAAUAAUUGCAACAUCAGUUGCUGUACGAGGUUUAGAUAUUAAAGAUUUAAUUCUUGUUGUUAAUUAUGAUUGUCCAAAUCAUUAUGAAGAUUAUGUACAUCGUUGUGGACGUACAGGUCGAGCAGGUAAUAUAGGUUAUGCUUAUACAUUUCUUACACCAGCACAAGAACGUUAUGCUGGAAAUAUAAUAGAAGCUUUAAAAACAUCUGGUGCAUAUAUACCAGAAGAAUUAAUUCUAUUAUGGAAUGAUUAUGUUAAGAAAAAUGAAGAUAUGGGUAUAAAAAUAAAAGUUCGUGUUGGUGGUUUUCAUGGACGAAGUAAUUAUGAAACUAAUUCAUUGGAAACACAAUCGAAAAACAUGCAAGCUGCUGCUAUGGGUUUAGUAGAUUUGGAUGAUGAUGAAGAAAGUCAAAUUAUCGAUCAACAAAUUCAAUGUUUAUUUAAUAAGAGUAAAAAAUCUAUUAAAAUUAAACGUAAUGUACCAAUUAAUCAAAAUGAAGAGAUUAGUGAUUCAACAAUUGCAAAUGAUGUAGCAUCGAAACUAGAAUUAGCUAUGAAAAGAGCAGCUAGGUUGACAUUGAACAAAUCGGAAACUCGAGAUUCUAUACAAGGACCAACAACUUCAUUAUUUCAACAUGUUAAUACAUUAAAUUCAGCUGUAUCUAGUUAUAUUGUAGCAUAUCAACGAGCAAGUGAAUUAAAUCGAAAAUUAAAUUAUCAAAAAUCCAAAGAAGAAAUACAAGUAACUGAAAAUGCAUCGAAAAUAUUUGAAGAAGAAUUAGAAAUAAAUGAUUUUCCACAAAAUGUUCGAUCGAAAAUUAUACGCAAAAAAACAUUAGCACAUAUAUGUGAAUGUGCUGAUGUUGAUAUAUUUGUACGUGGUCAAUAUUAUUCAAAUAAUCAAGUAGUACAGAAUGAUAAAAAAUUUUAUUUACAAAUUCAAUCAUUAACUGAACAUAGUCUUCAAUUAGCUAAAGAAGAAGUUACUCGAUUAAUUAAAGAAGAAAUGAUGAAAAUGCAAAAAUCAGCUCUACAACUUGUCAAUCGUGGUCGUUAUAAAGUUUAA